AUGACCAUCUCCGUCGACGACGUCCGUGAUGAUUUGCGUCUUAUAUUUGAUUCCUGUUUGUCCAACAAUCAACAAAUUGAAAAGUGUAGGAAUCUGUUGAACACCAUAAUUACAACAUGGUCGCCCAAUUUGGUAGAAACGUUGAAAGAAGUCGUCGGAUUCUUUACUCAGGAUAACGUCAACUUGUUCGUAUCCCGACAGAUGCUUUCCGAUUUCUGUUUACGGAUCUUACCCUGGAUGUCGGAUUCACAGUCUAAACUGUUGGCUCACUUCAUGCGGGAAGAAAUGCAACCGAGGGUGAUUGAUUUUGAGUAUCAUUUGUCCAUUGUCUGUAAUCAUUUAUCGUCCAUUUACGAGAAAGAGGAAAAGUGGAAAGAAGCAGCCAAUUUGCUAGCCAGCAUCCCAGCAGAAUCGUAUUACAGAUAUUCUGUUGAUUUUGAAUUGGAAUUAUACAUGAAAAUUGCACGUCUAUACAUGGAAGAUGACGAUCCAUUGCUAGCACAUCCUUACGUCAAAAAAGCUGCAGUUUUGCAACUUGAAACAACAAAUACUGAUCUUCAUAUAAAUUAUAAAGUUUGUUAUGCACGAAUGUUGAAUUUCCGUUUGAAAUUUGUUGAGGCAGCAUUAGAAUAUCAUGAAUUGUCAAACUGCCCAUCAUUCGGAGAAAGUGAACGUUUGGUUGCAUUGAAGAAUGCACUUGUCUGCACGAUAUUAUCAUUUUCUGGUAACAAUCGAACUCAGCUGCUAAAAUUAUUGUACAAUGAUGAAAGAUGUAAACUCUUGAUAAGGCUAACAACGCUAGAAAAACUAUAUAUGGUUCGUAUUAUUAAACAUAACGAAAUGAAUGAAAUCGAGACAAUGUUGAUGCCACAUCAGAAAGCCAAAACAAAUUAUGGCACCACUCUAUUGGUUGAAGCUAUAGCGGAACAUAACAUUCAAUCGAUCAGAUUACUUCAUAAAAGUAUACAACUUGAAUUAUUUGCAAAACUAUUAGGAUUUGAUCUAUAUGAAGCAAAAUUAAUAGCAGAAAGAAUAAUAUCCGAAGGGCGCAUAGAAGGUUCAAUUGAUGAGACAGAUGGUUUAAUAAUAUUUAAUUCCCAAAAACCAGACCGAAUACAAUCUUGGCAUAAGAACAUUGAAUCUAUGAAUACUCAGUUAAAUUGUACAAAUGAACUCUUAUUGGCAAACAGUUCGGUACAGAAAGUUAAUGAUGAUCAAACAGAUGUUUAA